AUGAAGCACUCUCCUAUUUUAACACUAUUAUUCUCUUUAUAUUUUCUUACUUCAUUUCUUUCUAUCCAAGCUAGACACCAUUUCCAUACAAAACACAAGCAUUACUCACAUUCUCAUAAUUCAUCAUCUGAAAUUUCACUUCCUCCUGCUCCACUACCUUCACCAACUAGUAGUGCUCCUGAAGAAGCUCCUAGUGCUAGUGCUAGUCCUAGCCCUAGCCCUGAAGUAGCAUCUGGCUUAUUGGAUGUAAGAAAAUUUGGUGCCAUUGGAGAUGGAAUAACUGAUGAUACUGAGUCAUUUAAAAUGGCAUGGGACACUGCUUGUCAAAGUGAAUUAGAUCUUAAUGUUAUAUUUGUUCCUCCUGGUUUCUCCUUCAUUGUUCAAUCUACUAUUUUCACUGGUCCUUGUAAAGGUGGUUUGGUAUUAAAGGUUGAUGGAACUAUUAUGACACCUGAUGGACCUGAAUCAUGGCUAAAAAACAACAGUAGGCGUCAAUGGUUGGUCUUUUAUAGAGUCAAUGGCAUGUCACUUGAAGGAAGUGGUACAAUUGAUGGCAGAGGACAAAAAUGGUGGGACCUCCCUUGUAAGCCUCAUAAGGGGCCUAAUGGAACAACAUUACCAGGACCUUGUGACAGCCCAGUUGCUAUAAGGUUUUUUAUGAGUUCAAAUUUGACUGUACAAGGACUUAGGAUAAAAAACAGUCCUCAAUUCCAUUUCAGAUUUGAUGGCUGCCAAAGUGUGCAUGUGGAAUCAAUUUUCAUAACAGCUCCAGCACUUAGCCCCAACACUGAUGGAAUACACAUAGAAAAUACCAAUGAUGUGAAAAUAUAUAAUUCCGUAGUUUCCAAUGGUGAUGACUGUGUUUCCAUUGGGUCUGGUUGCUAUGAUGUUGAUAUAAAAAAUAUCACAUGUGGACCAGGUCAUGGCAUUAGCAUUGGUAGUUUGGGAAACCACAACUCAAGAGCAUGUGUAUCAAACAUAACAGUGAGGGACUCAGUUAUAAGGGUAUCAGAUAAUGGGGUAAGAAUCAAGACAUGGCAAGGUGGAUCAGGAUCAGUAUCAGGAGUAACAUUCAGUAAUAUUCACAUGGAUACAGUAAAAAAUCCUAUUAUAAUUGACCAAUUUUACUGCCUCAGUAAAGAUUGCAGCAACAAAACCUCUGCAGUAUUUGUAUCAGAUAUAGUUUACACAAGCAUAAAGGGAACUUAUGAUAUAAGACACCCUCCUAUGCAUUUUGCAUGCAGUGACUCAAUCCCUUGCACCAACUUGACUCUCUCAGAUAUUGAGCUUCUUCCUUCUCAAGGAGAUAUGUUGAAUGAUCCUUUUUGUUGGAAUGCUUAUGGAAAUUCAGAGACAUUAACCAUUCCUCCAGUAUUUUGCUUGUUGGAUGGUAUUCCUCAGUCUAUUCCAGCCAAUGAUAUUGAUCAUUGCUGA